GUCUACUGCACAAAGCUCUGCUGUCUACAGGCCAGGACCUCUCAGCUGCUCUCCUCUCAGCUGGUUCUUUCUCACGCUAGCUGCAGAGGCUAGGACCUGUUUAUUAAUCUUACCCAUUCAACUAAUAUUCUUCACCAUUGUUUUAUUGUUGUUUUCUUAUCUGCAGUAGUCUCUUCUUUCCUCAACAGGGUGUUCUCGGUAUUCAUUAGUUUGAAGUUCAACAAUUUUUUAGGCUUUUGUAGGCUUCUCCUGAAUCCUUAUUUCCCACACAAAUAACUUUCUUUUCCUCCCAUCAAUCAUUGCAGUGUCCUUCAGGUUUUCUGUAUCAGCCUUGAGGGUUCCAGUUUCCAAAAAGACAGGCAGUCCCAGGCUUUUCCUUCUCACCUACCCUAAGAGGAUCCCCGUUGCCUUCUUAUCAGACAUUCCAGUCCUUAAAAGGAAAGCCUGGGCCUCAAAAGGUUUAGUUAAGUUGGCUACCUAGUAUGCAAACAGCUAGAUCAUCCUUCUGUUUCAAUUCUAAGCUUACCACCACACACACGCACUCCCUGUAACAGUGUAAGCAGUCAUGUGUGUCUCUGAGUCAAAGAUGAUGAGUAAGGUGGGAAAAAUAGGAAUUGAAAUUACAGUCAUUCAGAUCCUUGGAACAUGGGCUUCUUGUUUAGUAAGUACACUGACACACCAAGUCAUGGGAUAGCAGUAUGGAAAUUGAUCAUAAAGUGUUACCUAGAUUACAUUUAUUAUUAUCAGAGGUCUGGGGUUUUUGAGUGACUCAAAAGACCAAGGCUCUAAUGACUUAAAGAUCAAAUCCCUGGUCAUGCUGCUUCAUCAACAGCAGUCAGAGUCUGAGAGAGCACAAUUGGCAUAUUCUCUCUUGGUGGGUAGAUGGCACCCUCACCCCCAUCCCUCCCAUUGUGAUAUUGGCUGCCAUUGGGGUCUGUUAACUGUUGCAUCACAUCUGGGGAUUAGGCACUUUCCUUUGAGUGACAUAAAUACUAUAAUAUGUCGGAGAAGACAGGCGUAAUCAAUGACAAUAGAUAUGCAGCAUUGUACAUUGAUUUGUACAUGCAAACACACAAGUGAGUCUGGCAGAAAUCACAUCCAUGGUCAAUGCAAUGCUCAGUUCAGUGAAACCUCACCGGACUGACACCUCACCGGACGUGCCGGCCUGCCACCGUGCUAUCCUGCUUAGUGCCCCUGGAGACGGACAGGCGUGAGUUUCCUGUUUGGCUUUAGUCCACUGGGAGUUUAUAAAAGGGAAGACAUGCCGUAUCUCGAAGGGGAAGGAAACCCACUGCACUAUCCAUUUUCCACAUUGACGAGGCUUUGCACGCCUCCACCCAGGUUAAGAAGCUGGGUUAGACAGAACACAAAUUGUCUUUUACUGUCUUUUACUUCUCUGUCUUUCUUCCUGACUGGCUCACUCUCUUUAACUCUUCUCAUGUUUUUUCUGGGAUCCUCCAGGAAGGUGAGGGAAGCAGUGAACCUCCUGCUGGCAGAAAGCUCAUUUUUAAUGGCAUUAAUGCUGCAGGCUUAAAGAUGAUGGUUGCUUUUAGAAGGCCAUUCUGCUGCUGGUUAAUGGAGAAUGUGGCUUGCAGCCCAGUUCUCCCUUUUGCAUUCUUUUACUCUCACUCUCUCCCACUUCAUAUUUACUUACUUUUUCUCUUUCUGUCUGUCCUUCAAUCAUAACAUUUGUAGGAAGUUUCUGUAAUGUCCUGUUCAGUCCUUUUUUAUAUCCUUGUACUGCUAUUUAUUCUUUUCCUGCUCUAUUCUCAGUACUGCUCACACUGUAUUGUGCAGAAGUCUCAAAUCAGGAAACCUGACUAUCUUUUCCAGACCCCUUAGCGUGUAGAGUAAAGAAACAAAGUGGAUAGAUGUAAACAAAAUGUCUUCAGGCUACAACCGACCUCUACUAUCUUUACAUAAUCCCCCACUUGCAUGGGAAUGUUUAGGGAUGGUUUUAAAGAGCCCCUCAUAAGGCAAGAGGCUGAAUGUUUCGCCUAAUAAACAAAGGUAUUUUGAGUCAUUCUUUUAAAGUAUGGUUGUGUGCAACUGUAUGUGGAAUAGUUUAUUGUGAAAUAACUGAUACCAUGUCCUCAGUUCCUUCUUUAUCUUUGGGUUUAUCUCACAUGGCUCAAUAAAACCACACAACAUGUCCACCAGGAGGCCAUAGAUUCUUGCGUAAAUGCACGUCACACGCUUAUGCUCACACCACCUUCUUACAGUCACUGCUACUCCCAGUUUUCUGCCCAAAUGUGGAUACUUUAGAGUUUGUUUUGUCCUGUGAUAUACCACAAGUCUUGUAUAAACACUAAUACUAUUGAUGCUAAUGGUAAAGUGCACUAGCUUGCUGUUUCUUAUUGUAUUUUUUUUUUUUAUAGUCUGGCUUUUUUAAGUAAGUGGCUCUUCUGUGAUUAGUCUGUUAACUUCCCGUUUAUGCUUACCACUAUUAGAAACCAGUGGAUAUGUGUCAGCAUCUAUCAGAAAAAUGGACUUGCACCUUUUGUGAAGUGCCUGGGAGACAUCAUUUGGAUAGGGGGCAGCUAGUGCUGAGUUUGCUAACCACACCAUGGACCAAUAGCAAAAGAUUUCUCAACAGGCUCCCGUGGGCACAGACUCCAUAAAACUGGGCAGUUGAGUCUGAUGAAUCUUGAGGUAAUAGGAUCAGAAUCUGUUCAUCAAUCAUUGCUUUAAUACCACCACAGCCAAUUUAAAUAUUGUUGCUGACCAAGUGCAUCCAUUAACGGCCACAGUUUAACAAUUUACCAUCUUCUAAUGGGUACUUCCAGCAAACGAUCUCUAGGACAUGCCGAAGAGCUCAGUGCUCCUCAGUUGCCCUCUCAGUCACCACAUAUGAAUCCAUUAGAACACCUUUGGAAUAUGGUGGCAUAGAAUUUUCACAGCAUGAAAGUGGCAUUGAAAAACAUUUCCAACAUCAUUUGAAAUCCAUGCAUGCAUUAAAAAAAAAGUUGUUAUUGCUGUUUUGAAGCAGAAGCAGGUCCUACUCAGUGUUGGUAUACAGUAGUCUUCGUAAUAAAGUUGUGUAUGUGUGUACGUGUGUUAAAGUAGGAAUAUCUCUCUGACCCACAUGGACUAUAAUGAGAUUUUCUCUCGCUGGAGCUGAGCCACUUCAUUCCUGGAAGCACAUGUAUCUGUACACACACUUGUGCUUAUUGAUGUCAUCCAGCUUGUGUUUUUGGGUUUCUGGCAUGCUAGGGACUCCUCACAUGCUUUGAGCUCAGGCUGCCUGCUGAACUUUUCCUGAACUUUACAAGCUGGCAUGUUAAGGAGGGGCUUCUUCGGUCCGUUGAUGAAUAUUCAAGUCACGGGCAGCCACUGAGGGGUGUUUGUGUGUGCGUGUGCGUGUGCGUGCGCGUGGGUGCGUGUGUGUGCGUGUGGGUGUGUGUGUGUGUGAGAGCUGUGAAUUGUGUUUUUUCCCAAAAUGAUCCGGUAACCUUACUUAACACAUGUAGAUGUUGGGUUGAAGGGACUGUGCGGAUAGUGUAAUGGAAUGUUUGCUAUUUGACACCAAAGAGUAUUUGCAUCUGCAUGUUUACUCAAUUACUACUCGUGCGCGCGCGUAUGUGUUUGUGUGUGUGUGUGUGACGAGGAGAGAAAAUGAGUGAAUAAGGGAGUUGAGUGAGUAAGCAUUCCUGUCCUCUGACUCAUAGCUCUGAGGAAGGAGCCAGAGUAUCUCUGCAGUGACAUCACAUAGUCUGCUGUCUUACACGUCACUCCCUGUUCUGCUAAUUGUCACGUAACUUCCUGUCUCCUCCAAGCUGUAGUGUGUCUCCCACAAGCUUCCUGUUGCCGGAUCAGCCCAAGUACAACCUCCAAGUGGUGCUGUAUUGAUUAAGAAGUCUUUUGAACUUUAGCUUUAGCUGUUUAGCACAAGUUCUUCUGUUUUUUUCCACUGGGCUUUUUUACUGUAUAAAAAUGUGCAAGGUCAGGGGCUGAAAUAAAGCUCGGACUCUGCGUUCACAUUAGCAGGCAAUAAAGUAUUUUGUGUGGAUGUGUUCAAGUCCACUAGCAUUGUCACAUGUGGGUGUGUUCCAGCUACUGACAAGAACAUUUAAAAGCCAAAAUAAAUACUAUGUCACUUUUAUUCCUAAAACUUUCUUCCACACCUUUUUUUUUCUUUUUGAGUGGACCAUGUAUAUAUACAUUAGAACAAUAAGACAAUAAAUAAGAGGCUAUGAGCCUCUUUUUAGUGUUUAGCAUUACAUUAAUAUAUAAUAUAUAAUAAAAUAGAUUGAAAUGCUAAUAGGAAUUGAAAGCUGGGGACCUCAGCAACCUGUUUCUAUGACUGGACUAAAGCAGUGGUUCUCAAACUUAUUUAACAACUUACCACCCUUGAUCAAAUGAAAACAUCCAAGUAUCACCUACUGUGGCCACUGUGUUGGUCUUGCCUGCUUAUGCUCUCUUAUGCUCGCUCUAAGUUAAUUAUUUAACUAUGAAUCUUAAAUGCAAAAAAAAAAACAAUCCUUUUUUUUGAGCGUAGUACAUCUUCAGAGGUCAUCUGGCAUACCAUCUUGUAAUGCUUCACAUACCACCAGUGGUACACAUACCACAGUUAAAACACUACAGACCUUUGUAAAAUGCAACUUCUCAGCAUCAUAAUUAAUUUGCAUGAGGGAAAAAAAAGAUGAGAAUUUUCUAACUAAUUGUUUUGUUUGUCACUCUGUAUUCAUGUUGCUAUACUAGUCACUAUAUUACAUACUCCCAUAGGAAAUGACUGGCCACCUGUUGCUCUGUUGCCUACUAGUGUGAAGGCAGGGUUGCUCAUCUGCACUAAUGUUUAAAAACUCCCAUUGGUCAUGCAUCUCCUUUUAUUAGGGAUCUAAUAAUAUCUCCUCCUUAUUUCCUCCUACAAGUUCUCCAUACCCCUGACUCAGUAACCGCAGUUCCAGUUCUCUUUCCUUCUGCCCAGUCCAGUUCCACCUGUGUUGUUUUUAAAGCUUUUCUAUGGCAGUGUUAUGUAGCAUUCUUCAUCAUAUCUGCCUCUUCCCUUGUAUAUGUGCUGUUAUGUAUUCUAAAUUGUGUAUGUAUGUGUUAUAUUUUUUUCUAGCAGGUUGUGUUGACAAUGACCCACAAAGAGCCUCUUUAAUAUACCCGCAGCCCCUAACUUCCCUUAGCUCAAUGCCCUUAACCUAAUGAUGAUAGUCUUUUUUUCUGUAGCUUUGAGUGCUAGUGACUCCCUGCAUGACUCAUCCACUUACGCAUCACUCGAUGCGUAUGGCUAAUGGUUCCUUAACCCUUUCUUUCCAUUAGACAUACCAUAUCCUUAACCACAAGCCUUGUAGCAGCUGAUAGCAGGCGAGUUGUUAAGGGUGUGUUUGUUUGUUAGUGCACCAAAAAGAGAAUAAUGCAAUAAUUAUGCAAUAAUACACAAGAAGAAACACUCUGCUCUGAGAUGCUGGCACUGGUGUCAUGUGGCCAUAGGCACAAGGCCAAAGGCCUGUAAUACAGCAUAAGAGAACAGCCUUGAGUAUAUUAUUGUAAUUAUACCAUUUUUUAUUGAAACUUAUUAUUAAAAUAUAGCUUAUUAUUAUCUGGCUACAAUUAAUGGUACUGUGGGUGAUUUCAGCUGAUAAGCAGGAGGAUUGAUCCUUGCUAGGUUGAGCCUACGUUGCCACUUUGCUUACUGCUUGCACUGCUUGAGUUUGAGCACACACUCACAGCAGACUGUCCAUCUGACUGUUGCAUGCAGUUUUAAAACAUGUAUGCCAAAUUUAAAGCUCUGGAGAAGCUUUGGGGCUUCCACAUCAUACAGUUUGUACAGUCAGAGGCAAACUGGGUCAAAGUUCAUUUUAAUUGAACUUUGAAAGCAGCAAUAUCAGUGUGAAAAAUGCAGCAAACAAAUGCCAGAUCGGAGUGGUGUCCAUUACUUGGAGGUGAGCAGUGAAAUUGCCGGCACAAAGUGGUAUGCACUUUAAGGGCGGGGUAAGCACCCCGCCCUUAAACGCCUGCAUAAUCCAGUUAUUGACAUGUGAACUGAGCCAUUCAUAGUGGUUUAAUGGAGAAUAGUUGAUUGCUGGAAAACUUACCAACUGAUUUCUAUACAGUGGUGGUGGAAACUUGAGUUUAGAGUAGUGGAUAACAGCACUGGAUUCUUAUUGGCAGAAUAGGGUUACAUUUUCGUUCAGUUGUACACCACCCUACAUAGUAGGAUUCCUUAAGCAAAACCCCUAACACUACAUUUGUUGGGUGUGAUUACUGUAUUCUGAGGAAGCAGUUCUGAUUGGCUGCUGCUAACCGUCCUCCAGCUCUGUAGUUUCAUCUAGCGGAUAAACAAGGAAGUGCAGCUUCCUGUGAACAAGCAGCCUCAACAGGAAUCCACACAGAGACAGCUGCUGUAAUCCCCAAUUACUGAAUAUGAUCUGAUCGUCUAUUUAGAGAAGUAUAUGCCUGUUCUUGAUUGUGUGUUUGGCUAAAUAUUUGCCAAUAUCAAUACAGAACCGAUCAAUCUUUCCCUCUCUAGUUUUGGCUGUCUAGUUCCCACCACCACUGUACUUUUAAACAAUUUUUAUAGAACAUUAUUCUAUUAUAGAACAGAAUAUUUUUUCUCCAAACCACUCUGAAUAACUUUAUUUCCAUCUGAAUCAUCUGGUUAAGCAGAAUUUGUGAAGAAAUCCCUAGUUUCAAUGUCUGAACCUCCACUUCUCUUGUCUCUAUCCAAUCUCUCUGCUGGUGUUGGUAAACCAAUGUGCGCGUGCGUGUGUAAAGGUAAAGUUUAACCAAACUAAAGGAUAAGGCCAAGUGCUACUCUUGUAGUUUGGUCAGUCAUGUGUUUUGACUCCUCUGACAUCGUUGUACCGUAGUGUGGUGUACAAUCAGUGAACAUCAAGGUGCCAAGAAGCUUGGUGAUGGUUCACAGUGCCACCAGUAGGCACAUCACUAACCUAAUGAUAACAGUAUUAACCAUACUAAUAACCACAACAACAACAACUAAAUGACACAUUAUGUGAUAAGUAAGGCACAAUGAAUGACUUGUAUAUUAAGAGUGUCGCCUUGUUCACCAGCUAGUAAAGUGAUUUUUUUUCCACUCCUUUGCUUUCUUUCAUCCACUCUUAACCAUUCAAGUCCCCACAAACCUCUCUCGCAAACCUUCCCCCCCUGCCACAGUAGCACUGCUCGUAUACAAACAUUCGAGAUUUCUGGACACACAGGAUUUUCUGUAGCACCAUCAGUAACACUCUCCUGCCUUGUCCUUUCCACCCAUCCCACCCCAAAUCUCCCUUUACCAAAUCUUCAAUUCCAGGACAGGAAGUUCUUCAAGGGCUUCUUUACAAAAGCAGGAAAGAAGGCAGUAAGGGCUGUACUCUGGGUAUCUGCUGACGGCCUGAGGGUUGUAGAUGACAAAACAAAGGAUUUGAUUCUGGACCAGACAAUAGAGAAGGUGUCAUUUUGUGCUCCUGACCGGAACUUUGAACGGGCGUUCUCCUACAUCUGCAGAGAUGGCACCACCCGGCGCUGGAUUUGCCACUGCUUUAUGGCCAUUAAAGAUUCAGGCGAGCGUCUGAGCCAUGCAGUGGGCUGUGCGUUUGCAGCAUGUCUAGAGCGGAAGCAGAAGCGAGAGAAGGAGUGUGGAGUCACAGCCACUUUUGACGCUAACCGUACCACGUUUACCCGCGAAGGCUCCUUCCGAGUUACCACGGCAACAGAACAGGCUGAGCGAGAGGAGGUCAUGCGGCAAUUACAGGAUGCCAAGAAAGAUUCAGAAGGCGUCACUGUUACCCCUGGCAACAACAAAGUGAUCCCGGCCACAGUGUCCUCUCCUUCUUCUUCCCCUCCCCUCACCAUGGGCCCUCAGGAGUCCAACCCCCAUGCCAUCCCGCGCCGCCAUGCCCCUGUGGAGGCGCUGGCACGUCAGGGAUCCUUCCGCGGCUUCCCGGCCCUCAGCCAGAAGACCUCACCAUUCAAGAGGCAGAUGUCACUGCGCAUGAAUGAUCUGCCCUCCACCAUGCAGCGCAAGUCUGACUUCCCCAUCAAAAACACAGUGCCGGAGGUAGAAGGUGAGGUGGACAGCAUCAGUUCUCUCUGCACUCAGAUUACAUCAGCCUUUAGCGGCCCUCCUGAGGACCCCUUCUCCUCAGCACCCAUGCCCAAACCCACCUCCUCCCCACAGUCCCCUGCUGCACCAGUUAAUGGCUCAGCUCCUGCCUUUCCUGCUCCUGCUGUCACUGUCACUUCUGCUGCUAACCUACCGACCCUGCCACCCCCACUGCCUGCCAGAGAAACUAACCCAUGGUCCAAGACCCCUGCUCCAACACAUGCAGGGGGUGACUGGCCCAGUCCUACACCUGCAGUGGUGGCUCCUCCGGCUGCAGUCACACCUCUCACAGUCCCUGUGGCCUCUCAUAAGCGAACCCCAUCUGAAGCAGACCGCUGGUUGGAGGAGGUUUCCAAGUCUGUACGAGCCCAGCAGCCUGGAGGCAGGACCGCCACUCCCCCCAGCCAGCAGCCGUUCACCGCACCCAUACCUGUCCCCAUGGCUCCUCCUGUCCCCAUGGCUCCUCCUGCCCCCGUAGCCUUCAUGCCUCCAAUGCCUACUGCUGUGCCCGCCCUGCCCCCACACCAACCCGCCUUCCACGCCCAGGCACCAGCUUCCUAUCCAAUGUCCAAUGGGCUCCCCUACGGCCAGCCAAGUGUGCCCGUGGUCGGCAUCACACCUUCUCAAAUGGUGGCCAAUGUUUUUGGUUCGGCUACACAAACCCAGCCGUUGCCAGUGCCUGCGCCUGUUCCUCAAACACACACGUUGCAGCCCUCGCCGUUCUCUACUCCACCUUUGGCGCAGCUGGAUGCUCGUGGUGUGGGCAGUCCGUUUGGCAAACCUCCCUUGCCUCCAGCAGCAAAUCCACACCUGUUUCAACCACCCAAUGGUAAUGCCACAUUCAACGGUGCAGACAACUGGGCAGCUCCUGCAUCAUCAGCGCCUCCCCACCCACCACAGGCUGAUGCCUUUGAGGCCCAGUGGGCCGCCCUGGAGAGCCGCUCAAGGCAGCGCACCAGCCCAUCACCCACAAACCCCUUUUCAAGCGAGCUCCAAAAGACCUUUGAGAUCCAGCUGUAAAGAAAAGAAAAUGUACUGUGGGGUGGGCGAGUCAGAAUGCUGGCAUAGACACAUGAAGGAGAAAAUAUAUGGAUGGUGGAUUAUGGGGAGGGACUAAACCAGAGGCAGACCCCUUUGACACUCGCACCGCUUUAGCCCUCAAUCUCUGUCUCAUUUCCUCAUUUCCUUGCUAUCCGUCAGUCUGUGUCUGUCUACUGUUAAGUAUGAGUUAAGGAGACGGCACAGGGAAAGGAAGGUACUUCAAUGAAAUUCGCUGAAGCCACAGUAGCAUGGACGUGGGGGUGAGGAUGGUGGGGACUUAGUGAUGCUCAGCUACCAUUUGUUCACUCUGUCUGGUGUAACUCUGGAUUCCACAAGAUUAAGGUGAAAGGUGGAUGAAGAGCUGAUGAUGCCUCCUUGAAGAAAAAAAAUCCAGCCUGCUUUGGUAACAGAACCCCUUUACAUUUUCACGUUUUUUUUCCAAUCCAGCCUCCAUCUCCCCAAAGCCCAGCUCACAGCGCCCCCUAGCCUAGUGGUGCUGAACGACUGACUGCUCCUCCCAUCGGAAGAACAGAGCACUGAGAGAAGGACUGAGCUUCAAGAUUUGAGAGGUUUUCAUAAAACUUCCUAAUCAGAAGAACAACCGAGAGAAUGCCAAAAUCUUUAUUUUUAUGCAUUAAGUAUAUUUUAAAUAGCUUUGGAAUAUAACAGAGAAGUUGUAAGUAAUCUUGCCAAAGGUGCAGGCUACAGUGGAAAUGAUUUUGUGUGUAUACAGAAAAUGAGCAUAUAUUAUAUAGAUAUAUCUAGAGAAAUGGAAAAUAUAUAUAUAUUCAUUAUUAAACACAUUGAGCUCAAGGUAUAACUCAUGUGUUGUAUAAAGAGAGACUGAGUAAAGGGAGGUUGUUUUUGUUUUUAUUUUUGUUUUUAUUUUUGUCUUAUUGCCGUAUAUAUAACAUCCCAUUUUGGAUGUGCAUCCCUCUGUAAAUAAUAAUCCAUUGCAACUACAAUCAUCACAGACUCAGCGAUGGAAUGGGAGAUCGAUCAGUGCUCUCAUUCUUUAUCUCUGGUGGUUUAUUUUAUCAUUUUGUACUAUAGUGCUCAGUAUCAUGAUUUAUUUUUGUUUCACUGCCUACAUAAUUGAAUGUUUUAGGGUUUUGUUUUUUUAGGGGGGGGGCUUUUAAAACUUAUUUUAACACUAUUGACAAUGUCAUCUCCAGCCACUUGAUUUUGUUUUAUUUUUUCUUUAAUGAAGAUAUCUCUGCACAUUGCACAAGCACUAUUGUAGUUGAUUCGGCAGUUAAGGUGAGAACGGUCAGUGUGCUGCACUGGUGAGCUAUAAUGUUGACAGACAACUGAGGUUUACCAGAGAUCUCCCUGAAAUUACCUGUGGUUUUAAACUGGUUGCUGUGGGGGAGGGGGGGAGUCAAGGCGUUAUUGCAGUGUCUCUUCUUUAAAUCGGUCCUGUGGAGGCAUUUGGUUUUGUUUUAGUUGUUUGUUUUAUUUCUCCUCAUUUUGUAAGUAUUUCAUUAUUUUAUUCCACUUCUUUCCAGAAAAAUAGGUCUAAAAGAUUGAAUAAAAUGAUGGUGGUGGAGGACUACAGUGAAA